AUGGAAUUGACAGUGGCAACUGUUGUUAAACUGUUAAUCGUUGCUUUUGUUUUAGUUGAAACUGUUCCCGAAACCGAUAGCAGUUUAAUGUCGAUGCUAGAUUUUCGAUAUUUUACGUGUGUAAUGAAACGAGAAUGGAAAUGCCCAGACAGCGAAAUAAAUUUUUAUUUAUUCACGCCUGAACGUCCAUACUCGCAGUGGAUCGAUGUUCGACAAAAAAACAAGUUAAAGGCGUAUGGAUGGAAGCUAUCAAGGCAGAACGUUUUCAUCAUCCACGGUUUCAAUGGAACACAUUCAAAGACACCUAUGAGUUUCAUUCGCGAUGCGUAUUUGUCUCGUAAAGAUUACAACGUGUUUAUGGUGGACUGGUCCAAUCUCACAAGAUUUCCUUGCUACCUGUCCGCACUCUCUAAUACGAAGUUAGCUGCACAAUGCACAGCUCAACUGUACUCGUAUUUAACACAAGCUGGUGCGUUGGCGAAAAAAAUUACCUGCGUGGGACACUCCCUCGGUGCGCACGUUUGCGGAAUGAUCUCGAAUCAUCUUACGGAAAAGCAGUAUAAAAUUAUAGGUUUAGAUCCAGCGCGACCUCUAGUUUCCAACUUCGGGUCAAGAUUAUUCCGCCUCGGGAGAGAUGAUGCCUAUGUGGUUCAAGUCAUACAUACAAAUGCUGGUUUCCUUGGCGAAAGUGGUCUAGUAGGACACGUUGACUUCUGCGUUAAUGGAGGAAGGCUGCAGCCGGGCUGCUCAGGACACUUUAUGCGAAUAGCACGGUGUAGUCAUUUCAUGAGCGCAUGCUACUUUGCUGCGACCAUCCGUCGACGUAUACGCAUGGUGGGUGUCCCGUGCGACUCCACUUGUCCCAAGCAAGGGCGGUGGGGUGUACGCUCAGAUCGCGGAGCAGUGAGGGUUGGAGACAAUUUACCUAAUUCAUCGCGUGGAAUGUAUUGCGUGCAUUUGGAUCACACGGAACUUUGCCCGUUUGAUUAA